GCAGUCAGCCUAAUGACGUCAUUUUAGGCGUACUGGGAAGGAUACGUGGCAUAGAACCGGUAGAGAUUUUAUUAAAACCUUCAAGUAAUUUCAUCAAAUUUGGUAUCAUUUAGUAAAAAGCCAUAGCACAAUGGCAACAUACCAAGAGUUUAUACAGCAAAAUGAAGACAGAGAUGGUGUUCGAUUCAGCUGGAAUGUUUGGCCAUCAAGCCGACUUGAGGCAACAAGGAUGGUGGUACCACUAGGAUGUCUCUACACACCAAUCAAAGAGAGGCCAGACUUACCACCUAUUCAGUAUGACCCCGUUUUGUGUACGAGACCCACCUGCCGUGCCGUUCUCAAUCCAUACUGCCAGGUGGACUAUAGGGCAAAGAUUUGGUCUUGUAACUUCUGCUUCCAGAGGAACCCUUUUCCACCACAAUAUGCCGCAAUUACUGAGCAACACCAGCCAGCGGAGAUUAUCCCACAGUUCUCAACCAUUGAAUACACCAUCACACGAGCAACCUGUUCCCCACCAGUCUACUUGAUUGUUCUUGACACAUGUAUGGAGGAAGAUGAUUUGCAAGCUAUCAAAGAGUCACUACAGAUGUCUCUGAGCCUGCUGCCUCCUAACGCCCUGAUUGGUCUGAUCACGUACGGCAAGAUGGUUCAGUUACAUGAGCUGGGCUGUGAGGGAUGCUCCAAGAGUUAUGUCUUUAGGGGCACAAAGGACCUCAAUGCAAAACAGAUCCAGGACAUGCUUGGUAUUGGUAAAGGCGGAGCAGCGCCAGCAGCAAGGGGAGGCCAGCAGCAGCAACAACAACAGCAGCUACCCUCCAACAGGUUCCUCCAGCCUGUACACAAAUGUGACUUCAGCCUAACAGACCUGCUAGGGGAGCUACAGCGUGACCCGUGGCCUGUCACACAGGGCAAGAGACCCCUACGGUCAACUGGCGUGGCUCUGUCCAUCGCUGUUGGACUUCUGGAGUGCACAUUUCCCAACACUGGAGCCCGGAUCAUGCUGUUUAUGGGCGGUGCAUGCACCCAGGGGCCGGGGAUGGUUGUAGGGGAGGAGCUGAAGUUUCCCAUCAGGUCCCACCAUGACAUUGAGAAGGACAACUGUAAAUACAUGAAGAAAGCUAUGAAGCAUUAUGAGGGCCUAGCUAACAGAGCGGCAAAUAAUGGUCAUGUGAUAGACAUCUACUCCUGCGCCCUGGACCAGACUGGCCUUCAUGAGAUGAAGUUCUGUUCAAGAUACACUGGUGGUCACAUGGUGAUGGGAGAUUCGUUCAACACCUCGCUGUUCAAACAGACCUUCCAGCGAGUCUUCUCCAAGGAUGCAAAGGGAGAGUUCAAAAUGGCAUUUGGAGGAACAGUAGAAGUCAAGACUUCCAGAGAAUUGAAAGUAUCAGGAGCUAUCGGCCCCUGUGUGUCAUUAGGGAUCAAGGGACCGUCAGUAUCAGACACAGAGAUGGGUCUGGGCGGCACAUGUCAGUGGAAACUGUGCGGGCUUUACCCAAACAGCACCCUAGCAUUCUUCUUUGAAGUAGUCAAUCAGCACAAUGCGCCCAUACCCCAGGGUGGUAGAGGCUACAUACAGUACAUCACGCAAUACCAGCACUCCAGCGGGCAACGUAGAGUCAGGGUCACAACUGUGGCCAGAAAUUGGGCGGAUGCCAGUACGAAUAUCCAGCAUAUAUCAGCAGGCUUUGACCAGGAAGCAUCCGCUGUAUUGAUGGCGAGAACUGCUGUGUUCCGUGCAGAGACGGAUGACGGGCCAGAUGUACUCAGAUGGCUUGAUAGAAUGCUUAUACGAUUGUGUCAAAAGUUUGGAGACUUUCACAAAGACGACCAGAACUCGUUCCGGUUCUCGGACAAUUUCUCCCUGUACCCACAGUUUAUGUUUCACUUGAGACGGUCACAGUUCCUACAAGUCUUCAACAAUAGCCCUGAUGAAACUUCAUAUUACAGAUACAUGCUGAAUAUAGAAGAUUUAACACAGAGCUUGAUUAUGAUACAACCCAUUCUGUAUGCUUAUUCCUUCAGUGGCACGCCCGAGCCCGUGCUUUUGGAUACCAGUAGCAUACAGCCAGACAGAAUACUUCUUAUGGACACUUUCUUCCAAAUUCUUAUUUAUCAUGGAGAGACUAUAGACCAGUGGCGCCAACAGAAGUACCAGGAACUCCCAGAGUAUGAAAACUUCAAGCAGCUUCUACAGGCUCCAAUAGACGACGCUCAGGAGAUUCUGCAGACACGGUUCCCCAUGCCAAGAUACAUCGACACAGCUGCUGGCGGAUCACAGGCUCGUUUCCUGUUGUCGCGCGUCAACCCAACACAGACUCAUAACAACAUGUACGCCUACGGAGGGGGCGGAGCAGGGGUUCCCAUGAUUGGGGGUACAGGGCCCCAACAGGAGGGAGCAGCUGCAGUGUUGACAGACGAUGUGAGUUUGCAGGUGUUUAUGGAGCACCUGAAGAAGUUGGCCGUCUCCUCCUCUACUUGAUGGCUCCUCCCACAUGUGACCUCUGACCUCAUAAACCACGCCCACACUGAUAGCACCUACAGUCAUGUGACCACAACUCCUACUCUCAUGUGACCAUUGCCUCCUCAUUUGAGGCUCAGCAAGGGGAGAAUUAUCAGUGAAUUUGACAAGUUUUGCUUACUGGAGGACAUUAGAUUUGCCAAAUUGUUGAAUUCUUAAUUUUUGUAACUGUUUGAUUUAGGUGAUCAACCUGAGAAAAUUGUUUAUUGCAAAUAAGAUAAUUGUACCUAAAUGACUCCUAUAUAGUAUCAGGUAAUUAAAACCCAUUCAGAUACGACCAUAAUUACCAGCCUUAUUUAAUAACAAUAAAAUAUAUCGAACCAAAGUCCACAUAAGGUCAUCAUGUGACCACUAAAUCCCUCCAUUGGUUAAACAGUUAUGAAUAUAUAUUUGAGGGUGGUUUGGCGUCAUGUCAAUUGCAAAAGAAAGUUUAUCUGCCAACAUAGAUGAGAUUUACAUAUUUUGUUUUAAACCAGCAUUUUUUUCUCUGCUUGGAAGCCUUUGAAAGGCAGGUUUCCAGGUAUAUAAAUCAUUCAGUUAUUAAUAGUUCCAUUUAAUCUGUUAAGCAGUAAAAAUGAGUUAAAUACUAGUCACACUUCUAUUUCAAUACAAUUAAUGUUUUUUUUAAAGCAUACUUUAAAGCCGGUUUAAAGUCUCUAAAUAAUGGUAAAAGAUUGUACGGUUGUAUGUAAUUACCAAAAUAAAUGGUAUAAUGUUACUGUGUUUCAUAACCAUUUGUUUUUCAAAAUACUUAAAAAAAAAAAAAAUAAGAUUUUACUGGUCUACAUCAUAUUGUGUAAACUACCAAUUAACUGGGCCAGCCACAAUUUAUAUCUACAGCUUCACCUGAUUGCAAUUCAAUAACUACUGAUUUACUGAAAUUAAUGUUAGGAAAAACUGCCCUCUCAUUGGACAAAAUAGAAUGUUGACCACUACAUUUUAUAAAGACAUUUGAUUCAUAUUUUUAUUUGGCAGUGUUUGUGAUAUAUCAGAAGGGCACAUGAAUGGGAAAACUAGAAUAUGUUUAUGAAAAUUGUCACUUAACAAAUGCUUUCUAUCUUAACAUUCAUUUUUUCUUCGUAUUAAGAUCUUUUCCUUCAUUGUAAGAAGGAUUUAAAACAUGUUUAUCAUCGUUCUGCUUUUCCAUUGGUUGAACAUACCUGUAACCAAUUGAAUGUUGUUUGUACCUGUGAUUUCUUUCCCCUCGGUGCCAUGGAUUUGUAACUGCCCUCUGGCCCAAAUUUCUCGAAGAAUCUUAAGUCCUGUAACAGGAUUAAGCUAAUCACACUCACUUGUUUUAAAAAAUAUUUAGAUCUAUUUUGGUAUUAUUUUUGUAAUGGUCUCCUUUUGAAGAGUUCAAAGAUUUAAAGGGAAAAUUUAAUGAUCUAUAUGAUAUUCACAAUAAACUAUUUUCUAUUUUGUAUAAUCAAGGUUUAAGUAAUUUUUGCUAAAAGAAAUCAUACCAACGUCUUUUGUAUAUAAAAGCUUCUUACAUUUAAGAUUUUUACGAGAAAUUUGGGUUAGGUUUUAUUGUAAUUUCAUCUGUAAUAGUUGAAAAGCUAAUAAAAAAACUAUUUGACUAUUAUACAAUAGAUCUUGCACAGUAAAUGUUUUACAUAAAAUCUCUGUUUGAUAUUGUAUUUCACAUGCUAGAUUUAAUAAUGCCAUGAUCUUAAGUGCUGCAUCUUCAUAUAUAGUUCUAUUAUUGUGUAUGAUUUUAACAUUUAAAUAUUUCAACUGAGCUGACUGAUGCACAUGUAAGUUAAAGGAUUUGAUUCAGUUCCAUAUCCAGUCACCGAAAUUAGAUUUUCGGAUAAGCAAGCCCUAAUUGUUGCACUAUGGCAUUGCAUGAACAAAUAUAACAAGCCCUGCUAUAUAUUAUAAGCAAGCCCGGAUCACAUUGUAUCACUAAAGGGUUUGAGGGUUUGUGCUGUUUUUGACCAUUGCUGCCAUUCAACAUGCAAUUACAUGGGCAUUGUUUCAAUAAAGGCCAAUUUAAGUUGAAAAUUGAAAUAUCGUCCAAGUCAUUAUUUUGCCACGUAUUAAUCUGAAUUGAACCUUAGCCAGCUGUGAAAAUAAACACAAAGUCAAUGAAAUAGAUUUUUUAUUUCUUGCCAUUUGUGAUGUUUAUACUUCGAUAAUUGAAGUUAUAACAAAUCGUUUAUUGCAACAGCCCCCUAGUGUUUUAAUGGUGUACAUGUAAACCAGCUGCUUUCCAUUGUAUCAGUGAUAGAAAUAAUUGUAUUUGAAAUUAGAUUUAUGAUCAUUAUGCCUUGAUGGAGUAUUAUUGUUUUCCUGCAUAUAUGUUUUUGUUGCUUUAAUUAUGUAUCAGUGUUGAAGAAGGUCAGAAUAAAGUGUAAAAACUUGA